AGACUGGCGACGAUGGCCCAACUGCGGAGGUCGAAUCAUGUGGAGCAAACCACGGGAGAAAUGGCGGUUGAAUCUGAAAAUGGAACCGAUCAAGAGCAGGAAAACGAAACACAAAUCGAUGCUGUAUCACCAUCAUCAAGCGUCGAGCUGUCGGAGAACGGCGCGCAUCCGUGUCCGAUGUGCCCGUCGGUGUUCACCAGCUCUCACGAACUGACGAAUCAUCUGCGCGGCCAUAAUUCACCUCGCAGCACGGACUGCAGCGGCGAGGAGGACUACAGCUGCGGAGUCUGCAGCAAGGUGCUCAGCUCGGCCAGCUCUCUGGACCGACACGUGCUGGUGCACUCCGGCGAGCGACCCUUCAAGUGCAAGUACUGCGAGAUGUCGUUCACGACGAACGGCAAUAUGAACCGGCACGUGAGGUGCACCCAUCGGAUGGCGUCGCCGAACAGUUGCACCGACUCCGAGGGUAGCAGCGGCUCGGAGAGACCAGCCACGACGAAUCCGGGCGAGUACAACAACAACGAGUUGGCCAGGCGUGGCUCGCCGAGUCUCAUCGACGAGCGACAGCAGGCGUCGUCUCCAGGGAGUCAUCGCGCGAGCAAGCGUAAAUUGCAGGAGGAAGAGGACGCCGGUGAUACGGAGGAGCAGAAGAGGCACAAGACCCUCAUGAACAACGGCACCAUGAUGAUCAGGGUCCAACGGAAUGGCGGGGAGAUGACGUUCGAGUGUCUCAUCUGCGGCAAGGAUUUCGUGACGGAAGCGAUGCUGGAUGCUCACGUGGAACGCGCGCAUCCCAAGUCCCUGGCCACCUGCGAGAUCUGCAACACGUCCUUCAAGAGUCACCGGCAAUUGAAUCAUCAUCGUUUCACGAGUCAUUGCAAGAAGAACGCGGGCGGCAGCAACAGCCGUCGCAGCAUCGUGGACGGUUUCAACGAUCUCACUCACCUGGAAUUUUCCUCGCCGAACUUCCCGAUGAUCGCCCGAAGGGUGUGCGAGCAAGAGCUGCACCUCGCUUCCGGCGAGGUCCAGUUCCAGUGCAUGAAGUGCCUGCACGCGUUCCCGUGCAAGCAGGCGCAACUCGAUCACGAGAAGGAGUGCAAGGGUUCCUGCAAGAGUAAGAGAAACAGCAACGAUAGCAACAAUAAUAAUGACAACAAUACCAACAACAAUCUGGAAAUGGAACUGGACGCUCCGUCUCCGCUGCCCGACGAUCCCAAAACGACCCGCGAGAUCUUUUUCGCCGUGCUGGAUCUGCAGAACAAAUCAUCUUUGGCCCGAGGCGAAGCGAAGGAACCCAGAGAACUGAAGGAGAUCAAAGAACCGAAGGAGAUGAAGGAUCUUGCGGAUAUCCCGAGUAUUCUGUCUGUCAGUUUGAACGGAUUGCCGACGUUCCCGCGAUCGGACACCAGCACACCCGAAAACAACAUCAAGUUUAACCCGAAUAUCGGCUCUUCAGGUUCUUCAGGCACCUGCUCGUCCGAGUUUAAUGAAGAAGAGGCGCAGGAUGCCUUCACCGCGGAAUUCCGGAAGAUGAAGCUCAAGGGUGAGUUUCCUUGCCGACUUUGCACGUCCGUGUUCCCCAAUUUGCGAGCACUCAAGGGACACAAUCGCGCGCAUAUGAACGUGGAACCUGGAAUGCCAUAUCCGUGCAAUAUGUGUCCCUUCACCAGCACCGACAAGGGGGCCUUGUUGAAGCAUCUGAGAUCUCAUAACGGUGAUCGACCUUUCGAAUGCUCCCUCUGCAAUUAUGCGUUUACCACCAAGGCCAAUUGCGAAAGGCAUGUGAAGAACCGUCAUGGAAUGAUCAGCAAAGAGGAUGUUAAGAAUGCGCUGAUCUAUCAUCCAAGCGAAGAUUCGACGAAUGAGAACGUCGAGAGAAGCUCGCCCAGAGGUAUCAGAGACGACGUGAGAAAGUCGCUCGUCUAUCCGAACGAGCGCGAGGAAAUCUCUCAGCAGAUACAUUAUCCUCCUGUAUCGAUGGACUGUAACCCGGGACCUUCGAACGUUUGCGCUGAGAUGCUGAUGAAUCGCUAUGAGAAGUCAGACAUGUUUCACAGACCAACAAAGGCUCUGAAUCUCGUGAAAAGAAACGGCGAGGAAUUGAACGUAUCUCAGGAUCUGAUCAUCAAGUCUAAUUAUUCCAAGAUCGAUGAGGACGCCGAAUCAAGAUCAUCGGAUGGCAGCGUGUCUCUAGUCAGCGAUACCAAAACAGAUACACACCAAAGAAUUCAAGCUAGUCCGAUGAAUCUGACCAAGUCUACGACAAGCUCCGUGUUGAGUUCGGGGGAGGACGCUCCGUUGGAUCUGUCUAUGGACGUUGUUCUGGAUCUGAGCAGGAAACAGAAGAAGGAGAACGAGAAUUCUCAGGAGGAGAAACAUUUUAAGAAUCAACAGGAACUGUAUGCUGCGAGUCCGGCGUUGCUGUUGACUCAAGCCCUGCUGAACACAGCACGCGAGAAUCCGCCGUCGCUGGAGAACUUGUACGCGAGUACUCUCUAUCGCAAUCUCGCCGGUGCCUCCAUGAUACCGCCGUAUUUCCUCAAUCCUCACAUGUUCAGCCAGGAAUUGGCCGAGAAGGGCAGACUCCAGAAGGAGCUGGUCAGGGGUUUGCAGUUGACCGGCGGCAGCACUCUUCCGGUGGAUCCGUCGCUGCCCAGCACCAGUUAUGCCGCAUUCGCGCAAGCUCGAGACACCCCGCCAACCUCGAGCGAACACAACACCUACGCGAGCUUGAUGAACGCCCAGAUAGCCAGCCAGGCCGCGUCGAGUCGCGAGAAAACGGACAACAUUUCGUCGAACGAUCCCGUGAAGAUGGUCUUGAAAAAUGGCGUGCUGAUCCCCAAGCAGAAGCAACGUAGAUACCGCACCGAGAGACCAUUCGGUUGCGAGCACUGCACGGCCAGAUUUACUCUGCGAAGCAAUAUGGAACGUCACAUCAAGCAACAGCAUCCUCAGUAUUGGAGCCAAAGACCUCGCGGUGGACACUCGACCCGAGGCAGACCACCCGCGAAUCAUUCGACUAUAAUGCAAAAUCCUGGACCGUCGACCUCGCAAAUAACUCAAUCGUAUCCGAAUAUCCUCCCAAACGUUGAUUCAUCAAUGGUUACAUCGGCGGACUAUAAUACGCAUCCUAUCUCAGAUCAAGUAAAGUAUGCCAUUCUAGCACAACAAUUAAAAGCCGAUAAAAUGGAUGACAAUGAUUCAGAUGACGAAAUGGUGAUAGAUGAGGAGUCAGGCGACAGGGAUGGUCAGGAGCCGCAAGCUCAGCAUGAGCUUAGGACGAGCUUGCUUAGAGAUCAGUUAGAGAGCAACGAGAGCAACGUUAAAGACGUCGUCGUGAAGAAGGAAGUGAUCGAGCCUGCGGAAGAUGAUACCUCGGAAGAAUCUCAUGAUGAACAGACUGCGCAAAACGGUGUAGACAGGACCAGCGCAGAAGAAUCUACCGCUGCUGAAAAUAAGUCAACACGUACCGAAGAUAUGAAGAUCAAGAUGGAACCCACCGGGAAAGAGCAGCAGAGCAAACUCGAGGAUGGAGCAGCCGAUCUCGCGAGUGUCUCGAAACUCUUGGACAACGCUUCUCAGCAGUAUCAGCAAUUUCAACCGCAAUACCUGAGCGACGAGGAAGGCCCCGUGGCCUCGACCAGCGGCAACAACUCCGGCAGCGAAAAGUCCGACUCCAAUUCUUUAAACUCCGGAAAUGAUUCUUCGUCGAAUAAGAAAAAGAAGAAGAAGAAGAAAUCCGCGUAUUCGAUGGCACCGAAUCGAGUCCCGUGCCCUUUUUGCCCACGCCAAUUUCCCUGGAGCUCGUCGCUGAGACGGCACAUUCUAACUCACACCGGUCAGAAGCCGUUUCAGUGCAUGCACUGCUCCCAUCACUUCACCACAAAGUCCAACUGCGACCGCCACUUGUUGAGAAAACACAAGGCGAAGGCUAAUAAGAUGCGUCGUGCCAGAAACUCUUCCUCGCCGGACGUUCAGGUGGUUGCCAGCAGCAGCAGUAGUAGCAGCAAUAACACCUUUUCCAUGAGAAACGUGCCCGAGAGACCGUACAAAUGCAAUCAGUGUCCGAGCUCGACCUUUUCUACGUUAGGCAAUCUCAAGAAGCACCGAUCGACCAAGCAUCGCAAAGCUAUGUCCCGGUCGGAGUCUAGCGAUCAACAAAACAGUCCACCGCAAUGCUCCAACACGCAGAACGAUCAGAGUGACUACGAGAGCCGAUCCUCGAGCGCGUCCGAGAACAUGGAGAAUUCUGCUGGUGCAACCGCAAAGGCGAAUUCUAACAUGACAUCGUCCAUGAACGAGACCGCCAGAUCGCGCAAGUCACCCAGAUCCUCGCCUGGUCCCAGCGAUGUUCCCUUCAAAUGUUACUUGUGCGACAGCGGCUUUUCCGAGCGUCAGGAUAAUCUGGAUCACAUCAAAAUGCAUCACAAGCGCUCGUAUGAUAUGUUGAAGGCCAAGGGCGCCCUCGAUAUGGCGACUAUGAAUAUUGAUGCGAGCGAAGAUCAGAUGGCACAUCAGCAUCUUAGUGAUGGCGAAGAGAAAAGAGGUCGCUUUCCUGACUACAGCAAUAGAAAGUACCAGAGCACUAAUCGGAAAUUGAGAAAAAACGUCGUGUGUGCCUUCUGCAUGAGACGAUUUUGGUCCGCGGAAGAUCUCCGGCGUCACAUGAGGACCCACACGGGCGAGAGGCCCUUCGAAUGCGACAUUUGCACCAGGAAGUUCACGCUGAAGCACAGCAUGUUGCGCCACCGUAAGAAGCACGAGUCCGUGGAUUCCGCCAUGUACAUAGGCAACAGCGGUGACGAGGACAAUCCGCCCUCGCAGCCGCCGACGAUAACACCUAAGAGUCAGCAGCAUUCCCCGAUCUCUACGAACACCAGCCGGCCCCGUACUCAGGAUAGAAUCUCUUUGCCGACCGUAGCGGCGGUCGCUACAGCGGACGCGGCACCCUGCGCUCUUAUGCGGUACAAUCACUAUGACAACAUGGCUACUACUCUUACCGGCAGAAUGGCAAAUGACGGCUCGCAGAGCACCGGAUCUGCUUCUAUACUUUCUCCGCCACCUCCUGCGGAGAUACCCAGCGAGAGCGGCGAUAACGACUUGAUUUCCAAUCUAUUAGGAAUACGCGAGAAAGGUUUGCUCGACAAGGUUCUUCUGAGCUCGGCGGACGACGCGGCCAAGUUGUUGGGUGUCAAACAUAGCGAGUGAUAGACACGUUGAGCGUAAUGUGGAAGAAAUGCGAUCGGACACACGAGUGUUUUGCUGUAAAAUGGAGAAAAU